UUAUAGUUCCUGAAACCUUGAUGUAAAUACGGGCAGGACAUGGCCAGAUGGACUCGGUAGACGGAAAUAAGUUAUCCAACGAAUCUGGACAACGAAUCCCCUCAUCGUAAUCCUUUAUUAAAAAUGAAACAAAAAAAUUAAUAUUUUAUUUAACAUAAAAAUGAACUAAAAUGCAUUCAGUUGGCAUUCAUUCCGCAAUGGCGAUCAAAAGGCAACGGAAACGUCGAGAUGAACAAAAAAGGGCGCGAGAAAGACGUUAUAGCACGCAAAGUUCUGAAAGCGGGGAAACAUUUCAUUCUCCAACAGGAUCCGUGAGGCGAAAAUAUCACCAUCCUCGUCAUGCAGUUAGUUCUGGCCCGGGAAUGCUUGACAGCCAGGUAGUUACUAGUAUUGGCAUGUUGCAUAUAGGUAUUGUAUUCGUUGUGUUUGGAGUUUUUCUUUGCGGCGCUGGUAUUAUUCCAGACGAAACUAUGUCAUGGAAGUUAUUUAGCUCAAGCUCAGCCUGGUGGAAUGAAGUAACUUGCACAGGAUUAUUUUCUCUUGGAUUGGGACUGUUUUUACUAAUUUUAAACUGUCUUAUAAGUCGAAAAGAGGAGGAGGAUCUUGAAGACUAUGUGCAACGUCAACUAACUCGAUCUCGCUCUGGACACCGACUUGAAAGAGAUGUUGAAACUGGUGUUUUGACAACGCGCCAUGCACGCAAAGCUGUUGCCUUACAAAAGGGCGGACGUAUUAACUCUCCUACAGAUGUUUCCGUCGUAAAUUGCGGCUCUUCAGAGAAUAUGUGCAAUGGACCGAUAGUCGUCCAUAAUGUUUUAAACAGUUCUGAUGCUAUCCUUGAAAAAAUUGUGGAGGAGGAUAAUACUUAUUUAAACGACCGCAGCUCCGGAAUAUCUCCGAUUGAUUUAGAAAAUGAUAAGAAACAGCUCUUAAGAAGAGAAUCUCUAAGUGACGCAAUCAGUAUAACGCGUAUUUAAGAAACUUAAUUUUUUACUCCUUACAAACAGUAAAUGAACAGAUAGAAAUAAUUUUUUUUAUAUCUAAUGGUUUUAUAAUACAAUAAUCAUAUAUCCUCUUUGUCACUUACGAUUGAAUACAUUUAAUAACACUAA